AGGUGGCUCUCAAACAAUAGAAAGUGGUACGUACCAUCACAGUCUUUGCGAUAGGUACAUUUCCCCACGAAGUCAAGAUUAUAUUUUCUACUUUGCAUUGAUAAAAUAGUUUCCUCGCCAGUGAAUUAAUCUUAAAAUCGAUUGUUGUAGUAUCUGUUGCAUUAGAUUGUGCCCCCUGGAGCCCUUCUGGGAGGAAAUAGUGCCUUGUUCCUUCGCUGCUGAACGUGAUUAAUUUCUCCCCGGCUAUGAUAACCAAAGCAUGGAAGUGGUUUGGAUUGGAUCUGUCAACUGAUAGAAACAGCGGCUUGUACUAUACUGUAGUAGGGAUGGCAAGAAUAUAGGAGGAAUUGAACAGACAUUUGAGGACCGGUCCUUGCCAUUCUGCCGCCCAAGGUGAGACCAAAAGAUGCCGCCCCCGCAAAACUAGAAUAGUCACAGUGUGGUAGCCGAGGUCCAGGUUUCCCAGGAUGCCGUUGGUGAAGAGGAGUAUCGAGCCCAGGCACCUGUGCCACACGGUGCUGCCGCGGGGCAUUAAGAACGAGCUGGAGUGUGUGACCAAUGUGUCCCUAGCUAACGUCAUCCGACAGCUCAGCAGCCUCAGUAAGUACGCAGAGGAUCUUUUUGGGGAGCUGUUCAACGAGGCCCACUCCUUCUCCUUCCGGGUCAACUCCCUCCAGGAGCGCGUGGACCGCCUCUCUAUCAGCGUCACUCAGCUAGAUCCUAAGGAGGAGGAGCUAUCUCUCCAGGACAUUACUAUGAGGAAGGCAUUUAGGAGCUCCACCAUCCAGGACCAGCAGCUGUUUUCCCGCCAGUCGCUGCCCAUCCCCCUGCAGGAGACGUUUGACCUCUGCGAGCAGCCACCACCCCUCAACAUCCUCACACCCUACAGGGAUGAUGGUAAGGAGGGGCUGAAGUUCUACACAAACCCCUCCUACUUCUUUGACCUGUGGAGAGAGAAGAUGCUGCAGGACACGGAGGACAAAAGGAAAGAGAAGAGGAAACAGAAGUUGCAGGACCCCGGCAUGUAUGAUCAGGUCUAUAGGUACUUAGACCUCCCAGGGCAGGUAAGGGGAAACGACCGUACUCUGGAGACUGAGAAGGUACCCCGGGCUCCUCACGACCGGAAGAAGGAGUGGCAGAAACUGGCACUGGGGGCGGAGCUAGCUGAGGACGACUCUGAGGAGGCCUUGAAAGAAAGAGAGGCUAACGGCUCUGCCACCUACCAUGACAGGUCUGGAGCUCCUAUGUACUUGGAAGGGAUGGACGGGCCGUUCUCCCUAGCAGCGCUGCCCUACAGUCAAAUGAACGAGCUGCUGAACCGUCCUGGGGACAGAAUGUACACGCGACCCCACGACCCCCCACCACUGCCCCCAAUGCACCCUCUGGGAGACAUCAAACCCCCCUCCAUGAUCAGCUCCAGUUCAGGUUUUUCAGACAGCAGACCCCAGUCUCCAGCACAGAUGCAUGGCUUCAAUUCCAACACCCCUCCCCCUCCACCUCCCCCCUUGCCUCCUCCACCUCCCCCCUUGCCUUCCAUGUCCAGCUCUGGCCCACGGGGCACCCCUCCUCCCCCUAUCCCUCCUUUACCAGUCCAUCAGCAGACCCCGGCCAUCCCCCUCCCCCGCCCCCUCCAGAUUGCCCCUGGUGUCCUCCACCCUGCCCCUCCUCCCGUGGCUCCUCCCCUCCACCUCUCCUCCCCGGCACGCCUCCAACAGAUCCUGGACAGGCCCGCCCCUCACCAAUCAGAUGGCACUGUACUGCCCCCGCCCCCUCCUCCUCCUCUGCCCCUCCCAGGAGCACGGAUCUCCUCCCCCUGCCCGCCAGGCCCGCCCCCCGUGCCUUCCUUCCUGUCAGGUGCCGUGGGGUCCCCAGCCUCUCACUCCAGUGGGAAGAAACAUUCUGCCAGCCUGCCGCCCAUCAGUGACGCACGCAGCGUCUUAUUGGAGGCCAUCCGCAAAGGUAUCCAGCUCAGGAAGGUGGAGGAGCAGAGGGAGCAGGAGGCGGCCAAACACGCGCGUGUGGGGAACGACGUGGCCACCAUCCUGUCCCGACGCAUCGCCGUCGAGUACUCCGACUCGGAGGAUGAGUCCGAGUUCGACGAGGGAGACUGGAUGGAGUGAACGAGAUGGAGGGAGAGGAGAAAAGAAGGGGACAGAGGGCAAAACUGUCACUCAACUGUACCCCGUUUCGAGACGUCAGAAGUUUGUCCUUACAACUGCUCUCCUGUCAGUCCUGUUUUACUUCCCUUUCAUG